CCACAAUUCCGGGAAAACCCUAGCCGCUCGAUCUUUUUACUUUUGUUGUUUUCGUUUACAGUCGUUUUUUGGUAGCUUAGCUUCGUCGUUGAUAACAAUGGCCGGCAAGGGAGAAGGUCCCGCGAUCGGAAUCGAUCUCGGUACGACGUACUCUUGCGUCGGAGUAUGGCAGCAUGACCGUGUUGAGAUCAUUGCUAAUGACCAGGGUAACAGGACUACGCCGUCGUAUGUUGGUUUCACCGAUUCCGAGCGUCUGAUCGGUGAUGCCGCUAAGAACCAGGUUGCCAUGAACCCCAUCAACACAGUUUUCGAUGCCAAGAGGUUGAUUGGUCGUCGAUUCAGCGACUCAUCGGUCCAAAGCGACAUCAAGCUAUGGCCGUUCAAAGUUAUUCCUGGACCUGGUGACAAACCCAUGAUCGUUGUCAACUACAAGGGCGAAGAGAAGCAAUUCGCCGCUGAGGAGAUUUCUUCAAUGGUCCUCAUUAAGAUGCGUGAGAUUGCUGAGGCCUACCUCGGCACCACCAUCAAGAACGCUGUUGUCACUGUCCCAGCUUACUUCAACGAUUCCCAACGUCAAGCCACAAAGGACGCUGGUGUCAUUGCUGGUCUGAAUGUGAUGCGUAUCAUCAACGAGCCUACUGCUGCUGCUAUUGCCUAUGGUCUCGACAAGAAAGCUACCAGUGUCGGCGAGAAGAACGUCUUGAUCUUCGAUCUUGGUGGUGGUACCUUUGAUGUCUCUCUUCUCACCAUUGAGGAGGGUAUUUUCGAGGUGAAAGCCACUGCCGGGGACACCCAUCUCGGCGGUGAAGAUUUCGAUAACAGAAUGGUCAACCACUUUGUCCAGGAAUUCAAGAGAAAGAACAAGAAGGACAUCAGCGGCAACCCUAGAGCUCUCAGGAGAUUGAGAACAGCCUGUGAGAGGGCAAAGAGGACUCUUUCAUCGACUGCCCAGACCACGAUUGAGAUUGAUUCCUUGUAUGAGGGUAUCGAUUUCUACUCACCCAUCACCCGUGCGAGGUUUGAGGAGCUGAACAUGGACCUCUUCAGGAAGUGCAUGGAGCCAGUCGAGAAGUGCCUUCGUGAUGCCAAGAUGGACAAAAGCUCUGUCCAUGAUGCCGUCCUUGUCGGUGGAUCCACCCGUAUCCCCAAGGUUCAGCAGCUCCUCCAAGAUUUCUUCAACGGAAAGGAACUCUGCAAAUCCAUCAACCCAGACGAGGCCGUAGCGUAUGGUGCAGCUGUCCAAGCUGCCAUUCUCAGUGGUGAAGGCAACGAGAAGGUUCAGGACCUACUCUUGUUGGACGUGACCCCUCUCUCCCUCGGUCUGGAAACCGCCGGUGGUGUCAUGACCGUACUGAUCCCGAGGAAUACAACCAUCCCGACAAAGAAGGAACAGGUCUUCUCUACCUAUUCUGACAACCAGCCUGGGGUGUUGAUCCAAGUGUACGAGGGUGAGAGAGCCAGGACCAAAGACAACAACCUCCUUGGAAAAUUUGAACUCUCCGGAAUCCCACCUGCCCCGAGAGGUGUUCCCCAGAUCACGGUCUGCUUUGACAUCGACGCUAAUGGCAUCCUCAACGUCUCGGCAGAGGACAAGACCACUGGACAGAAGAACAAGAUCACGAUCACCAACGAUAAGGGCCGUCUCUCCAAGGAUGAGAUCGAGAGAAUGGUGCAAGAGGCGGAAAAGUAUAAGUCGGAGGAUGAGGAGCACAAGAAGAAGGUGGAAUCCAAGAAUGCACUUGAGAACUACGCAUACAACAUGAGGAAUACCAUCAGAGACGAGAAGAUUGGGGAGAAGCUUCAGGCUGCGGACAAGAAGAAGAUAGAAGAUGCGAUUGAAGAGGCGAUUCAAUGGCUGGAGGGGAACCAGUUGGCGGAGGCGGACGAGUUCGAGGACAAGAUGAAGGAGCUGGAGAGUAUUUGCAACCCAAUCAUUGCCAAGAUGUACCAAGGAGGAGCCGGUGGUGAUAUGGGCGGAGCGGCCGCUGGCGCCGGAAUGGACGACGAUGUUCCUCCCUCCGGCGGAAGCGGUGCUGGUCCCAAGAUUGAGGAAGUCGACUAAAGAAUCUCUUUAAUCCAGAUGUUCAGUUUUUAUCAUCUCCAUCGCUGUUCUGUCGGAUUUUCGUGAAAUUUUCAUGUUUUGUUCGGAAAACCCACCAUUGUUAUGGUUUUCAUUUUGCAUUUUUUGAACCCAUCGUUAUCUUAAUUUUGUCGGAAAUUUUAUCGAGUUCGGCUCAUUCUUCAA